AGGGGCUGUGAGGGUCACUGGAUCGCGGGUUCCGCCGCCGCCCCGGGGUUCUGCCCCUCCGGGGUUCUGCCCCGCGGCGCCCCACCUUACGGGUUGCACCCCCUGGCCCGCACCCGUUCCCCCCAGGCCGCACGUCCCGGGAGGCGGCAGCCCGGGGGCAGCGGCCCUUCCCCGCCGCCGGUUGUGUUUACCCGCUCCUCCCGCUAACGGCCGCCGCGGGCCCGUCCCUAUAGCAACGCCGCCGGCUCGGCCAGCCCGAGCGGAGAAAGCGGCGUCCGGAGCGGCUCAGCCGGGACAAGCAGCUGAGACCAUGGGAGCAGCGUUGGCAAGAGCAGCUCAGUGGACUGCUGCUGGUUCUGGAAUGGGCACACUUGAAAUCACCCCGUUGAAUGAAUCUAUUUUAAAUCAAAUUAUUAAGUUUACGGAGGACUUCAGCACUAAACAUCCUCAGGAAGCAGCCUUUGUCUUCAGAGAGCCCCUUGAGUGGAAAACGCAACUGAGCUGUUCAGUAUUUGGAGAGGGUUAUGAGAUCAAGGGAGCAACUGUUCAAUCUGAAGCCAAAGGUAAAGAUGACCAACCAUUGCUUCUCCUCACUGAAUCAACCCUCAGAGUUCGCAGUUUUGACCAGCUGUCCCAUUUGCUACAAAUUGCUGUGGAAAAAAGCUUAAAGGAAGCACGGGCAUGCCUUGAAGCUAACAGAGAUCCUAUAGUGAAAAUUCUUGGCCCUGAAUAUGGGACUGUUGAAGGAGAAGAUAUGUCCAUGUUGCGCUUACUUGACAAAGUGAAAAAAGAUGAUGACCCUGAAACAGAGAUGAAAAUGAAAAUCUUUAUUCUUCUUCGUCAGCUGGAUUUGCAACUGCUUAGUAGUUCUUUGAAACACAUUUCACAAAAUGUCAGACUAAAUCCAGCUGCAGUAAAUAAUGAAGUGAAUCUUCUCAAGAAUUUCUCUGGGAAAGGAGAAGAUACAGUACUGGAAUCACUGGAAUAUACAUCAGAUUACGUGUUCUCUAAUGGAUGCCGAGCUCCUCCCUGGAGACAAGUGCAUGGAGAAAUUUGUUAUUUAGUCAUCAAACCACAUGACACUGAUCCUUUGUAUAUCACUUGCAGCACAGCAGGAGUGUUUUUAAAUGGAGGUCAGUUAGAGGGUGAAGAUAACAUUGACUAUGAAAGAAAAAGUGAUGUAUAUAAAGAUAUUGUCACAUUUUUAAGGGAGAGAUCACCUCGAUUUGUAGAAAAUAUGGCUAAACAGGAAUAUAAUUUUUUUAAAAAACCAACAAAUGAGAAGGAUUAUCAGCAUAUGAAAGUAGUUGAUGCUGAGGUCUCUGGCCAAUCUCAGAACCUUCAUGAUUUCACAGAAAAGGAUGUACAUGAGAAAGUGAAAAGUUCUGCAGCAAGACGGAGACCCAAUGACAAGAAGAAAUUGGAACCAUCUACGAAGUGGAAGAAUACUGCGCUUUCUGCUUCCCACAGAUAAAAACCUUUAAGUGACAAGGCCGCAAAAAGAGGCACUAAAGUAGAAGAAGGGAGAAGUAGUACCGUGACUCCAAAAACCAAAAAGAAAGUCAGCUGCGUUUCUACUGAAUCCGUUAGAAUGCAACCAGCUUCAAGACGUAAAACAUCAGGCAUGUCUGAAGAUGUUAGUGAAAGUUCAUCAGAGACUGAUGAAGAUGAAGAACAACCUGUGUGUCGUCAGGAAGGAGACACCGAUUUGUCAGCAGAAUACUGGGGAAUUCAAAAACUUGUAAAAUAUUUAAAGGGAGGUGAUCCAACAGUGACUGUAAUUGCAUUGUGUUCAAUGAGAGAUUUCAAUCUGGCUCAAGAAGCUUGUCAGAUGGCCAUCAGAGACAUUGGAUGUCUUGAAGUGUUAAUUAAUUUACUUGAUACAGAAGAAAUUAAAUGUCAGAUUGCUUCAUUAAAAAUCCUGAAGGAAAUUAGUCAGAACACACAGAUCAGACAUGCAAUUGCAGAUCUUGGGGGCUUAGAGAUCAUGGUGCAAAUACUGGACUCUCCAGAUAGAGAUCUAAAAUGUUUGGCAGCUGAAACAAUUGCUAACAUUGCUCAAUUCAAACGUGCACGAAGGACAGUAAGGCAGCAGGGAGGAAUCAAGAGAUUGGUUGGGCUGUUGGAAUGUAUUUCAGUGGGAUCAACCAGUCUAACAUCAUAUCAAGCAAAAGAUACUGAAAUAGCACGCUGUGGAGCUUUGGCACUCUGGAGCUGCAGCAGAAGCGUCAAAAAUAAAGAAGCAAUCCGUAAAGCUGGUGGCAUUCCAUUAUUAGCUAGAUGGCUUAAAUGUUCAGAUGCAAACAUCGUAAUCCCAGUAGUGGGGACACUAGAAGAAUGUGCCUCAGAGCCAAGUUACAGACUUGCAAUAAGGACAGAAGGAAUGAUUGAGUACCUUGUGAAAAAUCUGAGCAGUGAACAUGAGGAGCUUCAGAUGCACAGUGCAAGUGCCAUAUUUAAGUGUGGAGAAGAUAAAGAAACUCGUGACCUGGUUAGACAGCAUGGAGGUCUACAGCCACUAUCUGUUCUGCUUGGUAACUCUGAAAACAAACAACUUUUAGCAGCUGUGACAGGAGCAAUCUGGAAAUGUGCAAUCAGUGAAGAAAAUGUGUCAAAAUUUCGGGAAUAUAAAGUCGUAGAAGCUUUGGUAGGACUGCUGACUGACCAGCCUGAAGAAGUUCUUGUAAAUGUUAUCGGAGCACUGGGAGAAUGUUGCCAAGAACCAGUAAAUCGAAGUACUAUCCGUAGAUGUGGUGGAAUACCACCUUUAGUGCAGUUACUUUCUGGAACUAAUCAGGCACUACUUGUGAAUGUCAACAAAGUAUUGGGAGCUUGUGCAACAGAACCUGAUGCUAUGAUCAUAAUUGACCAUCUAGAUGGAGUUCGUUUGAUAUGGUCAUUGCUGAAAAAUCCUAAUCCAGAUGUUCAAGCAACUGCAGCUUGGGCUAUUUGUCCUUGCAUUGAAAAUGCUAAGGAUGCUGGGGAAAUGGUUCGAUCCUUUGUUGGUGGCUUGGAACUGAUCGUCAAUUUGCUAAAGUCAAAUAAUAAAGAAGUUUUAGCAAGUGUAUGUGCGGCCAUUACAAACAUAGCUAAAGAUGAAGAAAAUUUAGCUGUUUUAACGGAUCAUGGAGUCGUUCCCCUGUUAUCCAAACUAGCAAACACGACCAAUAACAAAUUAAGACGUCACUUAGCCGAGGCCAUUUCCCGCUGUUGCAUGUGGGGGAGCAACAGAGUGACCUUUGGAGAGAGCAAGGCUGUAGCUCCUUUAGUCCGUUACUUGAAGUCAAAUGAUCCAGCGGUUCAUAGAGCUACAGCUCAGGCUUUAUAUGAACUUUCAGAAGAUCCCAACAACUGUAUCACCAUGCAUGAAAAUGGAGUGGUGAAGCUCUUGCUGGCCAUGGUGGGCUCCACAGACGAAACUCUGCAGGAGGCAGCAGCUGGUUGCAUAGCAAACAUUCGCAGAUUGGCUCUUGCAACAGAAAAAGCAAAGUAUGGCUGAUGCUUCCGCAGCUUUUACCAACACACUUGUUUUGCAAUACAGCUACAUUUAAAUAUAUGAUUACUCCUUCUAGCAUCUGUAUUCCAUAGCAGAGCUCAUUCAUAUGAGGAUAACUUGAUAACAAAAAUAAAUCCGUGGAAAAUUAUGUUUGUUUUUACAUUAUUGGUUUGUCACACCUCGUAAGACACCUAGUUUUGUGUGUGUUUUAGUAUUAUAUCUUUCAAAAGACUAGCAGUUAAGAUAUGUUGAAGACUUUUUCUACAAUUAAUAUGCUUGUACUUGAAAUUCAUUGUAGAAAUAAAUGGUUUUGCAUACCUAUGACAUUGCAAUAAAUUUUCCUUCACUGUG